UCUCACUGCCAAGAAAUUGUGGUCUCUGGCAUUUGGUGUUCCUCUGGUUUUGACUGACUGUGAUCAGAAGGAAAAUACGGCACUAGACAACGAUACUGUUGGUACUUACAAGCAACGAUCAGCAUACAGGGUCCAAAGAGAAAUGCAGACUGAGGAGCACUUCCAGGCAUACUUUGAAAGAAAACUGUCCUCCACCUUGGGUGGAGCACUACACAUCCCUCGAGAGAACAGACGGCUACAGUGCAGCUUCUCCUGGGGAAGGUUCAGAAAGAUCAUGCUCAAGGUGUUCCCUGUCCUGAACUGGCUGUUUUCGUAUCGGUUCAGAGAAUGGAUCUUGAGGGAUCUACAUGCAGGUUUAAGUGUUGGGAUGGUUCAGAUUCCUCAAGGACUUUUAGGAGUUUGGCUGACCAGGUUACCUCUGCCCAAUAUCAAUGGCUUCCUUUCUGCGUUCUGCUGCUCCAUGAUGUAUGUUAUAUUUGGGACUUCGCAUCAUAUCUCAGUAGGCUCAUUCAGCAUCCUAAAUGUGGUAGCGACAAACAUUCUGAAGACUCUUAAUUUCAACCAAACAUUGUCCUCUAAUGGUUCACUGGAAAACUUCUCAGACCCUACAUUUAUGAAAGAUUACGUGGAGGCCUUGACACUUACCGCUUCAAUAACAUUUUUGACUGGCAUCAUUCAGUUGCUGCUAGGCUGCUUCUGCCUGGGGUUCGUAACAACAUACGUGCCGAAGACUCUCAUUGAUGCUUACCUGACUGCAGCAGCAGUGCAUGUCAUUGUAUCACAGUUUACCUUUAUCUUUGACAUCAUGCUUGACUUCCAUAAGGGCCCCCUGGGCAUUUUCUAUAAUCUAUUUCAUUUCUUCCUGGCUCUCCCAAAGGCUAAUGCCACCAGCAUAUUGCUAUUUUUGCUUAGCAUGGCCGCACUACGAGUCAAUACAUCUAUCACGAUAACUUAUAAACAUAGUCCUAUUGCAUUUCCUAUGGAACUUCUCUUGAUCAUCACAGUCACCAUUAUUUCUAAUCGCAUUCAUCUUCAUGCUGAAUCUAGUAGUGCUGUGGUCAGUAUGAUUCCUCAGAGGUUUCUGCCUCCUACACCGCCAGAUUUAUCAAACCUGAGCAAGAUCAUACUGCAUGCCUUCUCCCUUGCUAUUGUAAGCUAUUUCCUUCUUGUUUUUGUUGGGGAGAGGUAUGCUUCACUUCACAACUACCAUAUCGCCAGCAAUCAGGAGCUAAUAGCUGUGGGGCUAUGCAAUAUUUGCAGCUCAUUUUUCAAAAGCUUUGUUGUCAGCUGUGCUAUUUCUGGAACUGUUAUUCAAGAGAAGACAGGUGGAAGAACACAGCUAGCAGCAGCGAUUGGAGCAUCUAUGAUGCUGGUGAUUGCGCUGAAACUAGGACACUUUUUCCAGAUGAUACCUAACGGUAUGCUGGCUGCUAUUGUAGUAUUUAACGUGCUCCCCUUUCUUGAAAAAUUUCUGGACAUCCCCAUCCUGUGGAGACGGGAUAAGUAUCAUUUUGUUAUCUGGCUUGUAACUUUUGCUGCAGUGCUUUGUCUUGGUCUUGAGGUUGGUUUAGCGAUCGCCGUGGGAUUUACAUUCUUCAUAAUCACCGUUAGGUCACACAGAAUGAAGAUGGUGGUGCUGGGACAGAUUCCAAACAUGGAUAUUUAUAGAAGUUUAUCCAUCUACAGAGCCGCAAAGGAGAUUGAUGGUAUCAAAAUCUUCCAGUGCUGUUCUUCCAUCUCUUUCACAAACGUGAAUCAUUUCAAAACCUAUUUGUUACAUGAGAUGGACAUGAAAGCAGUGCCUCUAGCUGAAAGUGAAGUGAGGGCUUUAAUUUCAUUUAGUCUGUCUGACACUUCAGUGGAAAGAAAAGAUCUUAAAUGCUCUUGUGUCUGUGAUCCACCUCUACCACCACCUAGGAUACCAUAUACAGAGAAACUGGUGAAGCGGCAUCACGCAGACAGCGAUUCCUCAUCAUCUUCAGUUAAUCUGGUACAUUGGUCAAAGUAUGGAGACAAACUCAGCUCUAGGAUGCUCUUGGUGGGAGCAGCCAAUGCAUCCUCAGGCUUUAACACGGGACUUACGACUGAAAAGAAGGAGGGCGAAAGGAGAAGAGGUUGCCUUUCACCACUCUCUCCGAUAGAUAAUUCCUCAGUACAGUUAGAUCAGGAAGAACAGCCAAUGCAUUUGCCAUGUCCAGUUCACACCAUUAUUUUAGACUUCAGCAUGGUACAAUUUGUGGAUUUGAUAGGUUCAGAGUUAAUGCGACAGAUCAUCCAUAUGUUUCAAAAUACUGGCAUUACAGUCCUUAUAGCUGGCUGUCACUCCUCUGUGAUAGCAGACUUUGAGAGGAAUGAUUUCUUUGACAGCUGUGUCACCAAAGGAAGGUUCUUUCUAACUCUUCAUGAUGCUGUGCUGGCUGCUUUGGACAAGCAUCAAAAGCCAGAUGAGGUAGAACCUAGUGCGAAAGAGUCUGCUGAAAAACCACCAGCUGAACAGCAAAAG